AUGAACUUAAGAAGGGAGGGCCAACAGCAAUGGCUAGCUGGAGAUGGCCUGAAUGAUGCCCCUACAUUAGCUACAGCUGAUAUAGGCAUCUCAAUGGGAAUCUCAGGUUCAGCACUUGCAACAGAGACAGGACAUGUAAUUAUGAUGUCAAAUGACCUCAGGAAAGUACCAAAAGCCAUCCGGGUUGCACAGAAAGCUCAUCGAAAAAUUAUUGAGAAUGCCAUUUUGUCCAUCGCUGCCAAAUGUGCUAUCCUUGUCUUGGCCUACGCUGGGAAAUGCACAUGUGAUGCAGGAGAAGAAGAAGAAGAAAGCAAUAAAUCUGAGGCUCUGAAAUACAAAGCUGCAGCAAUUGCUUCCAUCCUUUUUGCUGGAGUUCUUGGAGUUGGUCUUCCAAUUCUUGGAAAGACUAUCCCUGCUUUAAGCCCUGAAAAGAAUAUCUUCCUCAUCAUUAAAGCUUUUGCUGCUGGGGUUAUAUUGUCGACUGGCUUUAUUCACCUGCUUCCUGAUGCUUUUGAGAGCUUGACAUCGCCAUGCCUUAACGAAAAUCCUUGGGGUAAAUUUCCCUUCGCGGGGUUUGUGGCAAUGGUGUCAGCAAUUGGGACUUUGAUGGUGGAUUGUCUUGCAAGUUCUUACUUUACUAGGUUGCACCUCAACAAGGCUGAGAAUGGGGAUGAGCAGAAGGCGGCAAUAGAGUCAGACGAGGUUCAUGUUCAUCUUCAUACUCAUGCAACUCAUGGCCAUUCUCAUGGUCCAAUUGAUAGUUCUGGUUUAUCUCAGCUUAUUCGCCACCGAGUUGUUACACAGGUUUUGGAGUUGGGAAUUGUGGCGCACUCUGUGAUAAUAGGAAUUUCUUUGGGAGCUUCUGAAAGUCCCAGGACAAUAAAACCUCUAGCGGCUGCCCUGACCUUUCAUCAAUUUUUUGAGGGUAUGGGACUUGGUGGAUGCAUUACGCAGGGAGAAUUCAAGUCCAAAGCUAUUGUAAUUAUGGGACUUUUCUUCUCUCUAACAACCCCAGUUGGCAUUGCAACUGGCAUAGGCAUAUCAAGUGUCUAUAAUGAGAGCAAUCCUAAUGCUCUUAUUGUUGAAGGAAUUUUUAAUGCUGCAUCAGCUGGUAUCCUAAUCUAUAUGGCACUUGUGGAUCUUCUGGCAGCUGAUUUCAUGCAUCCCAAAGUGCAAAGCAAUGGAAGACUUCAAUUUGGGGUUAAUGUUUCUCUUCUUUUGGGAGCUGGUUGUAUGUCUCUCCUUGCCAAAUGGGCUUGA